UCUUCCCAUUUCUUCACAACAAAUUCAAUCUCCAAUCAUCAUCUAAACAUAGUAACAUACCCGCCAAGAACUCACUCUGUUUCUCUCUCUUCCUUCAACAAUGGCGCUCAAAACCUCCAUUUUCUCUCUUCUCACUCUCCUCAUUUUCACACCCUCAGCAAACUCCCUUGAAUACCCACAACAACUAAUCGAUGAAACUUACUUCCAAGACUUAUACAAUAUGAACAUCCACUUCCCUCUUUCCUUACCACCCACUUCGCCGUCGCCGGCCAAUGGAUCCACGCUUGUUCCAGCGUUAUUCGUGCUCGGAGAUUCUUCUGUUGAUUGUGGGAACAAUAACUUUCUUGGGACUUUCGCUCGUGCCGACCGUCUUCCUUAUGGUAGAGACUUUGAUACUCAUCAACCUACUGGAAGAUUCUGCAAUGGCAGAAUUCCUGUUGAUUUUCUAGCAUUGCGAUUAGGGCUUCCAUUUGUGCCAAGUUAUCUAGGACAAUCUGGGAGCAUUGAUGAUUUGAUUCAUGGGGUGAAUUAUGCUUCUGCUGGAGCUGGAAUUAUUUUCUCAAGUGGAACAGAUCUGGGACAGCACGUCUCCUUAGCUCAGCAAAUACAGCAGGCCACUGAUACAUUUCAGCUGUUCAUGAUGAGCAUGGGUGAAGAUGCUGCAGUGCGUCUCAUCUCUGAUUCAAUCUUCUAUAUUUCUAUUGGAACCAAUGACUACAUACAUUUCUAUCUCCAAAAUGUAUCUGGUAUCCAAUCAGUGUACAGUCCCUGGAGUUUCAACCAUUUCCUUUCAACCUCAUUGAAGCAGGAAAUCAAGAAUCUACACACUGCACAUGUGAGGAAAGUGGUGGUAAUGGGAAUUGCACCUAUGGGAUGCGCUCCUCACUACCUAUGGCGUUACAGAAGCAAGAAUGGGGAGUGCAUCCAAGAAAUCAACAACAUGAUAAUGGAGUUCAACUUUGUGAUGAGAUACAUGAUUCAGGAGCUAAACAAGGAGCUUUCCGAUUCCAAAAUCAUUUUCUGUGAUAUGUAUGAAGGUGCUAUGGAUAUCAUACAGAACCAUGAACAUUAUGGGCUCCAAGUUACAACUGAUGCAUGCUGUGGGUUAGGAAGAUACAGGGGCUGGAUUAUGUGUUUGUCUCCUGAAAUGGCUUGCAAUAAUGCUUCUACCCACAUUUGGUGGGAUCAGUUUCAUCCAACGGCUGCAGUCAAUUCGAUAUUGGCUGAUAAUAUCUGGUCUGGAUUGCAUUCAAAUAUGUGCUACCCUAUGAACAUGAAGGACAUGCUUUCUUCUGGAUAGAUAAACACGGAGGAUAUAUCUCGCUCUGAAGGUGCUUCUCUCUGCAACCUCAAGAUACAUGUGUUUGUUUUCCAAGUGACAAAAAUUGGUAAAAGUAUAUUAUACUGUAUAGCUUCUGGAGUUCUGCACUAACACCCUCCUAUGUGAGAAAAUU